UCUACCUUUACUCUUUCCAGAAUCCUACUCUAAGACCGUGAACACUCAAGUAUCCAAUAUGGUGUUGGGUCCAGAACAGAAGAUUCCAGAUGAUGAUGCAUCUGGGGACCAUGGGGACUCUGCCAGUCUUGGAGCCAUUAACCCGGCCUACAGCACCUCUUCUAUUCCUCAGUCCAACGGGCAUGCAGAGGAGCCCUUCAGCACCUACUUUGAUGAGAAAAUCCCCAUUCCUGAGGAGGAGUACUCUUGUUUUAGCUUUCGUAAACUCUGGGCUUUCACGGGACCAGGCUUUCUUAUGAGCAUUGCCUACUUGGAUCCAGGAAACAUCGAGUCCGAUUUGCAGUCUGGAGCAGUGGCUGGAUUUAAGUUGCUCUGGGUUCUUCUGCUGGCCACCAUUGUGGGGCUCCUGCUCCAGCGUCUUGCUGCCAGACUGGGAGUGGUCACUGGGCUACAUCUUGCUGAAGUGUGUCACCGGCAGUAUCCCAAGGUGCCACGAAUUAUCCUGUGGCUGAUGGUGGAGACGGCUAUCAUUGGCUCAGACAUGCAAGAAGUCAUCGGCUCCGCCAUUGCCAUCAAUCUCCUAUCUGCUGGAAGGAUUCCUCUGUGGGGUGGAGUGCUUAUCACCAUCGCAGAUACCUUUGUGUUUCUCUUUUUGGACAAAUACGGCUUGAGGAAGCUGGAAGCUUUCUUUGGCUUUCUCAUCACUAUUAUGGCCCUCACAUUUGGAUAUGAGUAUGUUACAGUGAAACCCAACCAGAUCCAGGUACUCAGGGGCUUGUUCGUGCCGUCUUGUUCGGGAUGUCACACCCCACAGAUCGAGCAGGCUGUGGGCAUCGUGGGAGCUGUCAUCAUGCCACACAACAUGUACCUGCAUUCUGCCUUAGUUAAGUCCAGACAAGUAAACCGAGCCAAUAAACAAGAAGUCCGAGAAGCCAAUAAGUACUUUUUCAUUGAAUCCUGCAUUGCUCUCUUCGUGUCCUUCAUCAUAAAUGUUUUUGUCGUCUCCGUUUUUGCCGAAGCAUUUUUUGAGAAAAGCAACAAGCAAGUGUUUGAAGUCUGUAAAAACAGCAGCAGUCACCAUACUCACCUUUUUCCUGAUGAUAACUCCACACUAACAGUGGACAUAUAUAAAGGGGGUGUUGUCCUGGGAUGUUACUUUGGACCUGCCGCUCUUUACAUCUGGGCCGUGGGAAUCCUGGCUGCCGGACAGAGCUCCACCAUGACAGGAACCUAUUCUGGCCAGUUUGUCAUGGAGGGAUUCCUGAACCUAAAAUGGUCACGCUUUGCCCGGGUGAUUCUGACCCGUUCUAUUGCCAUCAUUCCUACUCUGCUUGUUUCUGUCUUCCAAGACGUAGAGCGUCUAACAGGAAUGAAUGACUUCUUGAAUGUUCUUCAGAGUUUACAGCUUCCCUUCGCCCUCAUACCCAUCCUCACAUUCACGAGCUUGCGGCCAGUAAUGAAUGACUUUGCCAACGGAUUGGGCUGGCGAAUUGCCGGUGGCAUCUUGGUCCUCAUUGUCUGUUCCAUAAACAUGUACUUUGUAGUGGUUUAUGUCCAGGACCUAGGGCAUGUGUCAUUAUAUGUGGUGGCUGCUGUCAUCAGCUUGGCUUAUCUGAGCUUUGUAUUUUACUUGAGUUGGCAAUGUUUGAUUGCAUUGGGCAUGUCCUUCCUGGAUUGUGGGCGCACGGUAAGCAUCUCUAAAGCGCUGAUGACCGAAGAAGCCACCGAUAGCAACACUAAGUAAACUGGAUCAGUUUUCUUCAAGUAACCGACAGAGCCAGUGGGUUCCUGUGACCUACUAUGUGAACAGGCCAGGAGCCUGUACUGUUGCACAGACUGGUUGUAGUUAGGGAUCAACUUUUUGUUGAAAGAGAUGGUCCCAUACAUGUUUGAAAAAUGCAAAGUUAAUUCUUCCUGGCCUCUUAAAUUGGGACCUGGAAGAGGUUGGAUCUUUGAAAUGCUACAUUUGCUACUGUCAUUGCAACACUAACUCUUAAGUAGCUGCCCAAGGGCAAACUUGUUUUAUCCCUUUGAAAAAUAAUACACUAUCUCCAUGAUUCUAAAUCAGGUAAUAUAUUAAAAAUAAUUUGAAACAUGCAAUAAUUUUUACCCUAAUACAAAUUACAGGACGGGUAUGCAAAUUUUGCUUUUCAAAAGAUAAUGGAUUGAGAAAUAAUUUUCUAAUGCAUACUCUUUCCAUCAUUUUUCAGUAUAAAAAAUAACUUCUGAAAUAGGGUGGUUUCAUUUAUAUAUAAUAUAAAAUCGUGAAACAUCUACCUCUGUUAGCUUCAGGAUUCUUUUCAUUGAUUUCCACUUCAAUGGAAACUUGAGUGAAAUUUAAGAGGAGUUAGGAAUCAUGAGGUGAAAGUGUACAAAUAGCAAAACCCAUCUGUAGCUGGUGGUUCCUAAUCUCCUUUGAAAGUGAUUUCAAAGGUUUCGCUCACGUAUUGCAAGUGUCUGAGGAUUUCCUGGAGACUGCUGAUAGAACAACCAUCUGAGUACACAGAUUUUCUGAUGAUACUUACUCUCCAGCAUACCGAGCUGUUAAACCUCCCUUCCCACUCAGGAGGGUGGUGGUAGAAAAGACGGGGAACAUUUCUGACUGAUAUUCUCGUCAGAAUGUGAGGAGAAAAUAUGCGAAGGAGAAGAGUCAUCUCUUUCAUUCUAAAGCCAUCUCCUACCAGAAUCAUCACUUCUCUCGGAAGCCCCCAAAUCUUGCUGUUUUAUCUUGGACCUAACUGGCAAAGCUGAGUGUCACACUAAAUCAUCAUCAGUGAGGUUCAAGUACUGGAAGGUUCCACAGUCUGCAGUCAUUCCCUCAGAGGGAAAAACUGAGACCAGAUGGUGGCGCUGUCGAGUCAGAGGAAACGGUUCCAUUCAGACGAAGCUGCUGCUCUUCAGUGACCUGUGACAGUUUUCUGCCUUUUCUUACAUGGAGUCUAAGAUUAAAUGAUGAACUGAAUCCUAACCACAUUUUUCUGGUGGAGAGAAAGAAUUACAAGUACUUGGUAGCCAUAGACAUUGUGGGAACAGUCAUGGGAAUGGCAUUGAAAGAUUUGUCAUUUUGGAUCUGUCAACCUGGAGUCCUGGUUGAUGAAUGUUCUCUGUUCCUCUAAGCCCCUUAAAUGAGGCGUUGCUGGUACUUUGCUCCCGAUCAAGAGCAUGGAUUGAAGGUGCCUUCUGUGAGGCAUUAGGGGUAGAACACUGGGGCUCAUGGACCAGCCCUUUAUUUUAGCUCCUCAAAUAUUUCUUCCUAGUUGAGAGUUGCUUGGAAUACUCUGUAUGUGAUAUUCGAUGGCAUUAAAGCACUCCCGUAUCAUAUUCCUCUUGACCCUUAAGCAAAGGAUCAUGAAAGAAAGCUGUCUGGUUUGUUCUACCGUGAUACAUGCCCCUCUCCCCUCCAUCAGUGCCCAAAGUGAUUAUGAGAGAUGUUGGGACCGAUGUCUUAAACUUUCAUUGGUAAAAGCUAAGUUGAAAAGUAAACAAAAAUGAAAAGAACCCAAGUCUUUGUAAAGACAGGUAUAGGAACCUUACCUUUGUCUUGAGUCCGGUGGGUCUGAUUUACAAAUAUUAUGUAGUCCAAGAAAAACUUCUAGGUUUCAGGCGUGACAGGGCUAGAGAGAUCAUACCAGCCAAUAGCAGUUUGCCUUGCACACAGCUGACCCAGGUUUGAUGCCCAGCAUCCCAUAAGGUCCACAGAACCCAGCCAGAAGUAAGCCUUGAGGAAACCCUGGAGUAAGCCAGGAAGAAACCCUGAGCUCCUGCCAGGCUUGGCCCCAAAACGAAAAGAAAAAAAGCUGCUAGAUUUCUUUCAGAUUUAUAUUUGUGAUUUGUGGGCAAUGGGACGUUUCUUCCCAGUUGAGUGGCACUUGAAUACUCUGCGUGUGGUAUCUGACGGUUUUAAAGCACUCCCAUAUCAUAUUCCACUUGAUCCUCCAGCACUCUGGGCACAGUGAACAUGCUUAGAACUGGAGUCUUCCAAUCCCGGAAUGCAGAGUGUGUAUAUGAGAAGCUCAGAAUCGUUAACUGUACUUCUUAUAAGUUGGCCCUUUGUUCUCCUUGGCUGGGACGUGGAAUAACUGUGCUCCUGCAACACACUGGGGAAUAACCAGCUGGGGAAGAACAGCAGCUUGGCUCCAUCUUGGCUCUUGUGAGGUCCUGCAGUGAUGUUAGGAGUGUUACAGCUGAGUUUUUAACAUUUAACACUAUGUAAGCUUGAUCUGUAAUUAAAAUUUUUUUCAUUUUCCA